UCCUCAUCUUUGUUGAUUUAUCCAUUGAAUCAAGCAGGUCAAGAUUUUACACUGAGGAAGUCAAAUUUGGUGGAUAAAUUGAGACGACAUUAACCGUCAAUUUCAGGAUUCCUACUUGUGACAUUUGUUGGGUGCUGUUCUGAGUUUUUUUUUUUUUUUCUGUUGAACGGGUGACUUAGUUGGAAAAACGAAUGGAUAGUUUAACAUUUUUUUUUUCCAAGAGGAAGCACUCAUUUUCACUUGAUCAGUUAUUAAGGUGGAGAGAAAUCGCUAUUAUUUCUGUGUCAAAUGAUCCAAAGCGACUGGAUGUGAAAAAUGCCGGCUAAGGACUGUUUGAUUUUUUUAAUGCAGAUUUUUGUCGUGAACAGGACAACAAAAUGUGUUUAAAGGUGCUAUAUUUAGGUUUUUUUUUCCCCCCAAGCGUGCGCAUUGGUGACACUUGUGGGGCGGGGAGGAAUUUUUGUUGUUUAUUUUCGUGGCUGCUACCUGUCUGGCUCGUGGCUAGCCGAGCAGCGAACGCGCUGCGGUUAGCUUCGCCGACCGCUCGCAUGCGUCGCCAUUUACACCAGGGCGACGGAUAAAAACCGAUUCGGGACACCCGGAACAAACUGCUACGCCGCGACCGGGCUCCGUGGGACCGUCACGGAAAGAAAGAACGAGAGAGACCCUCCCCAAGGGCCAAGGAUGUCCAUCGCCAGCACGCCCACGAGCAACGACGCCUGCCUGAGCAUCGUGCACAGCCUGAUGUGCCACAGGCAAGGCGGCGAGAGCGAGAGCUUCGCCAAGCGAGCCAUCGAGAGCCUGGUCAAGAAGCUGAAGGAAAAGAAGGACGAGCUGGACUCCCUCAUCACGGCCAUCACGACCAACGGCGCGCACCCCAGCAAGUGCGUCACCAUACAGCGCACCUUAGACGGCCGCCUCCAGGUCGCGGGACGGAAAGGUUUCCCCCACGUGGUCUACGCGCGACUCUGGCGGUGGCCCGAUCUGCACAAGAACGAGUUGAAACACGUCAAAUACUGCCAGUAUGCCUUUGACCUCAAAUGUGACAACGUUUGUGUCAACCCGUACCACUAUGAGAGAGUGGUCUCGCCGGGGAUUGACCUAUCGGGACUAACACUUUCAAACACAGGUCCACUCGUGGUAAAAGACGAGUACGACUACGAGGGCCAGCAGUCUCACCACGGCGCCGACGGCCACCUGCAGAUCAUCCGGCAUCCCCCGUCCAGGCCCGGCCCGCCGGAGCCGUUCGGCGGCCCUGCGCUACUCCCGCCGCCGCCGCCGGAGGUCAGCGGCCCGGCUUCGGCGUCCGCCUUCUCCGCCAUCGGCGCGGGACCCUCAAAUUCCACGGCCAACUGGAGCCGAGGCAGCAGCUUCACACCUGCGGUGCCGGCGCAUCAAAAUGGCCACCUGCAGCACCAUACGCCCAUGCCUCACACGGGGCACUAUUGGUCUGUCAGCAAUGAAAUCGCAUUCCAGCCGCCGAUCUCCAACCACCCGGCUCCAGAAUACUGGUGCUCCAUCGCGUACUUCGAGAUGGACGUCCAGGUCGGCGAGACGUUCAAGGUGCCCUCCACGUGCCCGAUAGUGACGGUGGACGGCUACGUAGACCCGUCCGGCGGCGACCGCUUCUGCCUGGGCCAGCUCAGCAACGUCCACAGGACUGAAAACAUCGAGAGGGCCCGGCUUCACAUCGGCAAAGGCGUGCAGCUGGAGUGCAAAGGCGAAGGAGACGUGUGGGUGCGCUGCUUGAGCGACCACGCCGUGUUCGUUCAGAGCUACUACCUGGACCGAGAGGCGGGGCGCGCCCCCGGGGACGCAGUCCACAAGAUCUACCCCAGCGCUUACAUCAAGGUGUUCGACCUACGUCAGUGCCACCGGCAGAUGCAGCAGCAGGCGGCCACGGCCCAGGCGGCGGCGGCGGCCCAGGCGGCGGCGGUGGCCGGGAAUAUACCCGGUCCGGGUUCCGUGGGCGGCAUCGCUCCUGCAAUCAGUUUGUCGGCAGCGGCGGGCAUCGGCGUGGACGACCUGCGCCGGCUGUGCAUCCUGCGCAUGAGCUUCGUGAAGGGCUGGGGGCCCGACUACCCGCGGCAAAGCAUCAAGGAGACGCCGUGCUGGAUCGAGAUCCACCUCCACCGCGCCCUGCAGCUCCUGGACGAGGUACUGCACACCAUGCCCAUCGCGGACCCGCAGCCUCUCGACUAAAGAUCGGAAGACUGUAGUCCGAGGCCCCGAAGAGGACUGCGGGCGGCGGUAGGGAUGGAAGCGACGACGCGCGGUCGGCGGUAAUCGCGCGCCGGCGCUACUAGCAAUGCGGUACACUGGAGACGCGGCGCAAGUCAGUAUUUUUAAGCGAGCGCUCAAAAAAAAACUGGAGAAAGCUUCCGACUGUCACACACGCAUCUCAAUACAAAUCAAAUAUGCUGGAAAAACUCAAAAUGUAUUUCUGUAGUUGGAUUUUGAAAAGUGAAUGGCGCAGAUUUUAUUAAAGACUAACUACAUUUGUACCUCAUUUCCUGUUUCUAUAUUUAUAUCCGGAUAAAUAUCGUGAAAAAUUUCACUUUUUCAUUUGAACUACCGGAAUAUUGUUUUCCACCAUAUUCUGACCGAACGACAAUUUUGGCUUUCGCUGUCGUCGGGCACCAGUAAUAUUUAAUCCAAAUCAUUGAGCGUCAGAUGGGAGUCCGCUGAUGUUGGCGGUCCAGUUUUCCGUCACGGGUUCUCUCCAGAUGCGGUUUCACAUCGAGUAGUUUUCUCUCCUUCCGCUCACAUCGGUUUGCCGCUAAUAUUUCAUUUUUUUUCCACCUUAACCGUCAUUAUGGAGUCAUUUUUAGGGAUCGGAUGUUCGUAUUUAUUCUAAGAAUGGUUUAAAUUAGUCACCUGCUAAAGAUUACACAAAAGGGACUUAAAAAAAAAAAAAACUGUCAACUAUUCCAAUACAAGUAUUAGUUUAUGGCAAUCCACCAAGAAUUUAUAAAAAUGACCAGUU